CAGGAAGGAAGCCAUCUUGACUUUCGGAAACACGAUCGAUCGCAUCUUUUUGCCUUGAGUUCAAGCAAAGCUUCGUGAAAAUGGUGUUUUAUUAGUCGAAUUUUUGACAAAAUACAACAAUCAAGGAAAGCUAGAAAUCAAAGCAAACAUGAAUAAGAUGUCGAGAUACCCCUCGGACUGUAAAGUCUAUGUGGGUGAUCUUGGAAGUAAUGCAACGAAGCAAGAACUCGAGGAUGCCUUCUCCUAUUAUGGACCAUUGAGAAAUGUCUGGGUUGCACGAAAUCCCCCAGGUUUUGCAUUCGUUGAAUUUGAGGAUGCUCGUGAUGCCGAGGAUGCAGUGAGGGGUUUGGAUGGUCGGACAAUAUGCGGUCGACGUGCACGCGUUGAACCAUCAAACGGAAAGAGACUUAGAGAUCGUGGUUCAUCGAGACGUGGUGGCGGCGGCGGAGGUGGUGGUGGAGGAGGAGGAGGUGGUGGAGGAGGCGGUGGCGGAGGUGGCAGACCAUUCCAUCCCGAGGAUCGUUGCUACGAGUGUGGCGAACGUGGACAUUACGCGAGAGAUUGUCCCCGACAUGGCCGAGGAAGUCGUCGACGCAGGUCUCCAUCCAGAUCACGUUCUCAUUCACGCUCACGAUCACGCUCGCGUUCACGCUCAAGAUCGAGGGGCAAGCGCAGUAGAUCAAGAUCAUCAUCGAGGAGCAGAUCACGCAGCAAGACACGUCAUGAGAGAGAAAGAUCACGCAGCAAGGGUCGAUCAAAUUCAAAGGAAAGGAGUCCUCGCCGAUCAAAAUCUAGAUCCGCAUCAAGAUCCCGCAGCAGGUAAAAUGGAAGGAUAAAGUGACAAAUGGAUCGUCUCGAGAUGAUUAAGCAUCAGGACAUAUUCAUUAUUCCAAUAUACAUUCAAUAAAAUCGCUUUUUUUAUUUUAAACGUAUAUCACAAAAUGCGAAUUUUCAGUGAAUAUGAAUCAUUUUUCAGUUCUUAACAUUCUUUUUAAAUACGGAAUUAUAUUGAUCCGUAAUUCAUUUUCAUUUCCUUAUUAUAUUUCUUAAUUAAUACAUGUUCAAGAUUAACUGGACUAUUAAUAAAAUGUCAUUUUUCGUCAAA